AUGAGGAAAUUUGAGUUUUUCUUCCUUUGUAUUUCAUUAUUGAUUGUGUUUUCAUCCUUUUCUGUUUCUUAUGCUCAUGAAAAACCCCCACCACCCCCCUUUGAUCCCCAUAAUUGUUCUUGCCUCAACCAAAAUGGCCAGGUUUCUGCUUCUGGUCAGGUGAGUUCUGAAUCUUCUGCCCAGGGGGGUCAAAGUGCUUCUGCCUCUUCAACCCAACAAAGUUCUUCCAGCCAAGACAAUAAAGGAAGUACAAGCCAACAGAACCAAGAUUCUAAGCAAAACAGCCAAACUUCCAGCCAACAAAAUUCUUCCAGCCAAGACAGUAAGGGAAGCACGAGCCAAAACAACCAAAAUUCUAACCAAAACAGCCAAUCUUCCAGCCAACAAAAUUCUUCCAGCCAAGAAAAUAAGGGAAGUUCUGGUGAAACGAACCAAAAUUCUAAGCAAAACAGCCAAUCUUCUAGCCAAGACAAUAAAGGAAGCACUAGCCAAAAGAACCAAAAUUCUAACCAAAACAGCCAAUCUUCCAGCCAACAAAAUUCUUCAUCAGAAAAUAAUAACACGACUGGCCAAGAAAGUUCUACUUCUUCAGAUAAGACCGCUUCCACUAGCCAAGAGAAUUCUGCUCCUGCCCAGAAUAAUCAAAAUGCUUCCCAACAAAGUCAGAGCAAUUCCUCUUCUAGCCAAUCUAGUGAUGCGAAUGUUUCCUCAUCUAGCCAACAAAAUCAAAAUAGUUCUACUUCUUCUACUGGCCAAGCUACUAGCCAGAAUCAAAAUGAUUCUGGUAAUAGCCAAGCUAAAAGCCAGGAUAGUUCUGCUUCCAAUCAACAAAAUCAAAAUAAUGCCACUUCUUCUACCACCCAACAAGCUCAAGGAAGUGCUAAUGUCCAAACUAGUACUUCUUCCGGCCAACAAGCUCAGGCUAAUUCUACCGAUCAAACUACUGCUUCUUCCGGCCAACAAGCUCAAGAUACUUCUACUGGCCAAACUUCUACUUCCUCCAGCCAACAAGCUCAAGGUACUUCUACUGGCCAAACUUCUACUUCUUCCAGCCAACAAGCUCAAGAGCCAAAGUUCUUCUAG